AUGAGCCGCGUGAUCCAACUUCCUUAUGUAACAGCCAAGUUCGAAAGCAUCUCGCGUCUUUUUGUCGUCAUUUCAAACAUAAUUGCAACUUUCAAUUUCUUCAGGAAUCCCUAUGAAGAAAAAUACAGAUUAAUUCGGAUUGGAAAUCCAGCAUUUUCCACAAGGCUGCUGCCUGUCAGAGGAGCAGUUGAAUGUUUAUUUGAGAUGGGGUUUCAAGAGGGAGAAACUCACCUGGUUUUCCCUAAGGAAGCUUCUAUUGAGCAACUACGUAAAAUCAGAGACUUAAUUGCUGGAGAGAGGAGUAGCAGACUGAAUGAGUCAAACCAAGUCCACAGAUCAGGAUCCUCUGAAACUGUUGGCAGCACUCAGACAGUAGCACAACGGCCCUCAAGACCUGCUGACUCUGUUCUUCCCUCUACCCGUCGGCAACCAGAAACAUCACUUGUGCAGUCUCUCGGGAUGGCUGCAAAUAUCUUGAAAACACUUCAAACAAAUUUUAAGGAUCUUGUAAUGAUGUAUGAGAAUCCUUCUAUUCAGCAGAAAGCACUAGCUGCAAUUCCACUCCAGGAAUUGAAAAGGAAGGCUCAGAAAAAACUAGCACAAGCUACAAGACUGGACAAAGGUGCACAUGUGAAUGAAGAGGACUUCUUACUGUUGGAGCUUUUGGAUUGGUUUAAGAGUUCCUUUUUUCAUUGGGUGAAUAGCCUUCCUUGCAGUAGGUGUGGUGGGCAGACAGAGUCUAAAAGUGACUACCUGUUGCCUACUGAUGAUGAUCUAAGGUGGAAUGCUCCUCGAGUGGAAAAUCAUUACUGUAACCAGUGUCAGUUCUGUAAUAGGUUCCCAAGGUAUAACAACCCUGAAAAACUUCUGGAAACCAGACGUGGACGCUGUGGCGAGUGGGCAAACUGUUUUACACUGUGUUGCAGAGCUGUAGGGUUUGAGGCUAGAUAUGUCUGGGACUGCACAGAUCAUGUGUGGACUGAAGUGUAUUCUUCAUCUCAGAAAAGAUGGCUUCACUGUGAUCCCUGUGAAAAUGCUUGUGAUAAACCCCUUCUCUAUGAAACUGGGUGGGGAAAGAAGCUCUCCUACAUAAUUGCAUUCUCCAAAGAUGAGGUUGUUGAUGUCACCUGGAGAUACAGCUGCAAACAUAAUGAAGUACUCUCCAGAAGGACAGCACUCAGUGAAGCUAUGCUGCGUGAGACAAUUAAUGCACUAAACAGAACGAGACAACAGUCUUUGUCAGAAAAUAGAAAAAGAGAGCUCUUGGAAAGGACGAUUGUGGAGCUUGUUGAAUUUAUUUCUCCUAAAACACCGAAACCUGGAGAGUAUGGUGGAAGGACAUCAGGUUCAAUGGCUUGGCGAGUAGCCAGAGGUGAAAUUGGUCCAGAGAAAAGAAAAGAAGUGCUUUUUAUUCCCUCUGAAAAGGAGAAGACAUCUAAACUCUUCCACCUCACCUACAAUAUAGUAGAUGAUAGUUAUACACGGAUUUCCAACAACAGUGAAAAAAUAAGUGGCUGGGAAGCAGGUGUUUGGAAGGCAGAGUGCAUUUGGAGAAAGGUUGAAACAGAUUGGAAAAUGGUUUAUUUAGCCCGAAAGGAAGGGUCAUCCUCUGCUUCCAUCAGCUGGAAGUUUGAGUGCAAGUCAGUCGGUCUAAAAAUAGAUAACGUUUCAGUUAGGACAAGCAGUCACACAUUUCAGAGUGGAAGAAUACAGUGGAGACUUAGAUCUCCAACAGCAGAAAUUGCUCUGGUGAGAGAUAAAGCUCUCUGCUCCUAUUCAGAUUUUUCUGGUGCAACGGAAGUUAUGUUGGAAGCAGUUCUAAAUGGAGGGGAUGGUGAAACUGCAUGGCAACACACGCAGCUGUUUAGAGAGAGCUUAACAGGAUGUGGAGAAAAUUGCUUGGAGAUAAUUAUAAAACUCAGUGACCUCUGA